GACUGAAUUUGAGAUAAUGAAUACAUAGAAAACUAUGAUAAACAAACCACCACUGAUAAUGUCUUGGAAGUUGAAAAAUUCUUAAUGAGGAAAUAAAGUUUUUGAUUGAAAUUGGGAAAUUCAAGUAGGUUACUACAGAGGCAACAGGCAAGUGACUUAUAACAUAGCGUUUGUUUUAUAACACUACCUAUUCCACAGUACUUUUCAAAACGCAUAACAGUUACAAAGCAUUCCAUCUCGUUCCACACAUUCAUAAGAACAAGUCUGAAUCGAAACAAGUGACUGAGGAGAAACAAAUUUUUGUCCAAAAAUGGAAGAAGAAUAUCAGUCGACAUCUGACGCUGAAAAUGCCGACUUUACAACUGAUGAUACCGAUAAUGAGGAGGAUGUGAUAUCAAAUGCUGACAAAUCGACAACAGCUAUGGAUGGUAAGGACCGAGUGAGCAAAUCAAAGACGAAAAGAAAGAAGAGGAAGAUGAGGAGAAGAGGGGGAAAGAAUGGCAAAAAAGCAAAAAUGGCAGAUGAUGAUGAAGAAGGUGCAUGCCCAAAUGGAUAUUGUCCAUGUCCACAUUUGCACUUCAAGGCAAAUGUUAUCGAGAGGGAAGUUCUGACAAGGGAGCAGCAUAUGAUGUUACUAUCGACUCCAAGGGGAUACCGCUGGGAACCUGAUCGCGCCGCACGGUAUUGCACUAAGAGGUCAAGAAGAAAAAGAGUGGGCUGCUCGGGAGAUGCUGACGCUAAAAACGCAAGUAAAUCGGACCGUCGCUGUAUUAAGCCGGCAGAGAAGCAUAUCGGACCGGACGACCAACGUUAUGUCGGCCGAUUUCUCGGUGAAGUUUGGAAUUACCUGCCUCCCGAUAUGGUGGACAACCUGAAGAAAUUGCUCGUUGAAGAGUUUGGCAUGAGUGAACAGUAAGUGACAUCGAAC